GACGAUCUUUCUCAAAGUGUUAAAGGAGUUAGAAACUUCGCCAAAAUGUGUGAAGAAGUAAAUUCAGAAAUUGCAAAAGAUAUCUUAAACAGCGUGGAUAACUUCUUGUUCGACUGUGACGGAGUAUUAUGGAAUGCCAGUGAAUCCAUUCCUGGAAGCUUGGAAACUAUUAAAGGACUCAAAUCUUUGGGGAAGAAGAUAUUUUAUGUGACCAAUAACAGCACAAAGACCAGGUCUGAGUAUGCCCAGAAAUGUGUUAAUCUGGGGUUUCCUGCCAUUGAAGAGGAAAUUGUAUGCACUAGUUACAUAUCAGCCCUUUACUUACAUAACAUGAAUUUCAAAGGGAAGAUUUAUGUUGUUGGAAAUUCCAGCAUAGGAGCAGAAUUGGAUAGAUUUGGUCUAAAUCACACUGGGAUUGGUCCAGACCCUCCAGAGGCCAAUCAGGAAUUUUUUCAAAUUGUGUCCAGUUUGAACCUUGACCCUGAGAUUAAUUGUGUCCUGGUUGGAUAUGACAAAUUCAUUUCCUAUCCUAAGAUAAUGAAGGCAGCUUCCUAUGCCAGACGAGAGGGUACCUUGUUUCUGGCUACCAAUGAGGACUCUCAUCAACAUUUGAAUGUUCCAUAUGUGAUUCCAGGGACGGGGGCCAUCGUUGCUGCUGUUAAGAUUCCUGCGAGGAAGGAGCCGUUAUUGAUGGGAAAACCAAAGAUAAACAUGUUUAAAUGCCUACAGCAGGCAUACAAUCUGGACCCCUCCAGGUGUAUAAUGGUGGGAGACACGUGUCUUACAGACAUAUCAAUGGCUACAAACUGUGGUAUGAAGUCCCUCCUGGUCCUGACCGGUGUCUCAUCUUUGUCAGAUGUAGAGGAAUACAAGACAUCUGAGGAUCCCGUCAAGCAUACAUACGUACCUACGUACUACACCAGCAAACUAGGACAGCUGGGAAAGCUUCUAGGAUUUAGUAUACCAAAAUAAUUUUAGAAAUGUUUUAAUUAGGAAAAUUUAAAAUAUUUUUAUUCUAGAGUGUUCCUUUGUAAUUUUAUCUGUGAGUGGAUGCACUGUGUUAUUUAUAGACUUGUACCCUAGAUAAUUAUUAAACCACAUGCCUUUGGGUAGAUGUUAACCGAUUCAGGAUCCUCAGUCCAAUCAGUCAUUUUUUCCAAUCUUGUUUGAUUAUUUUAGAUAUUAGUUUUGUUAAAUCUUGAAGCAGUUGUUGUUAUAAAUUUAAUUGUUAAAUAGUGAAUACUCACUUAUCUAAUCAGAAGUACCAUUAUAUGUAUGUACAACUAUACCAGCAUAUGUGCAAUACUUCAACUGUGAGUUUCGCAGGACUGUUAAGGCGUACUACGAUUAAAUCAACGGAAUAUAAACGCGCAUAAAUAUAUACCAUUUUAAACUGAGUUAAUUUUUGUAAAGCUACUAUAUUAUCACAUGACUUUAAUUUUAAUUGAAAUAACAUUGUAUACCCCGCUCGGUACGGAAUUUGGUUUGGUCACGUUAUUUGACAGUCAGGUGAUAAAUGCAUGUAAUGUGUACUGUACGUAGGUCAUAAACAAAUUUCAAUAUCGGAAGGGCAUACCCUAGUUAUUAUUAAAAAUUUCAGUAAUACAUUGUAUCUACAUAACUUGUAGUUUAUGAAAAGUGCUGCUACUUUAAAUAGAAUUCGCAUUUUAUUAGUUUAAAUUUCAAGUUAUUUGGCUAUAGUCGAAAUAUGUGUGACCUUUACCAUGUAUUUUAUUUAUUUAUUUAGUAAUGCUCUUGAUUUCAGGAAAGCAGCAGCACUUUUCAAGUUAAGGAAUGUUUCCGUAAUGCAUAUUCAAAAAAUGGUCAAGAUCUAUUAAGUGUAUGCCCUUGCGAAAAGGCGAUUUAAUGAGGCACCUCGGAGUGAAACAUGCACACCCUGUGCAUAAAAACACGGUAGAAUUAAUUCAAUACAUUCUCUCGAUAGUUUUUAAAUAAUGGCACUAAACAAAUGUUUCAGAUUUUUAAUAAUGGUCUUCCUAAGAUUUGCAAUAUUCUGUUUAAUAAUAAAAUGCGUUUUUGAUUGUGGAAAAAUAACUUGAUCCGCCUCUCACUGCACAUAAAAUACGUCAAAUUUUACCAUGAUGACGUCAUGUCGACAAGUGCAUUGUGAUCAGUGACUUGUUUAUAUCUUGCUAUGUGGGAUUUAACUAGCGACAAAAAUGAAUGCAGUGGUAAGUUUUGAUGUAGUUCAUCACUCUUAUGCAGUUUAAAUCUGCAAAUUAUUUCAUUUUCUGUUGUUUUGAGGAAUUGCUAUAUUUGUGUGAUGUCACUGUAGACAUUUCCCGUAUAAAUUAGGCCCCGUCUACUUUAUGCAACCUUAACAGAGCUGCGUUAUUUCAAUUAUGGUGUUGUAAUUUUUACGUGAUUCAGUUUAUAGGAUUUUAUAAUUCAAAAAAUCAUUUCAUAUAAAGGAACAUUUUUUUCUGAUUUCUUGAUGUGUUACAUUUUAUGUGAAUAAAAUAAAAUAGCUUAUACCUA